AUGCUGUUCACGCGCGCGCUGAGCUUGGCGCGCGCUUGCCCGUCGGGGAGCUUCUUGCCCGCCACGAGGUUCCGCAGCGCGUCGAAGGAGAAGUCGGGGAAGGUGGGCGCGGAGAAGAAGGACGCGGCAGCUGGCGCGACGAGCAGAGGCAGCAGCGUCGCGAGGAAGACCAGCAGCACCGGCAAGGUCGCGCGCACGCCUCCAAGGCGGGCCAUGCUGGCAGGAGGAUUGCGGCUGACUGGAGUCAGCAGUUUGGCGGAGCUGUUUCGCGGCAAGCUGGUGGUGGUGUUCGGCGACUCGCUCUCCAAGAACUUCGCCGCGUCGCUGCAGUGCAUGCUGUACGUCGCCGACUCUGCCGCCGCUAAGUCGUACCGCCUGGCGCAAAAUAAAACCGCCGAAUGGGGCGUCGAGUUCCCGUCGUACAAGAUCCGGUUCGUGUCCGUCUUCUCCAACUGGCUCAACAAUGCCACCAGCCUGCCCGAUAAGAACGGCGUCGAGCAGCACCGCAUCGAUUUGGACGGCCUGGAUCAGCGCAUCAAGGACGUGCUGCCCAUCGCUGACAUCGUCAUCUUCCAGGCGACGGCGUGGUGGUUGCCGCCCAUCAACCGGUGGUACGUGAACGGCACGGAGGUGACCAUGAACGCGACGGCGGCGUACGCGCGCGGACUGACGACCCUGCGGGACUACGUGGCGGAGAGCAGCCGCAGCAGCGGCAGCGGCGGGUUCAAGGGGCGCGCCGUGGUGAUGGGCGUGUCGCCGUCGCACUACAACCUGCCCGUGAGGGGCGUGAAGAAGGGGAAGUGCAACGUCACCGCCAUGCUCACCAGCGCGCAGACGGCCACUGUGCGAGGCGGAGACGGCGCGUUGAGUGAUCUGAGGGCCAUCCAGCAGCGUGUGCUGGGGGGGUCAGCGGUGGUGUAUGUUGAUGUGAAGCCCAUGAGCGACUGGCGCCCCGAUGCACACAUCCAGAACUGGAGCGUCAAAGACCAGAGUGAGUCUGGGUGGGGGGGAGUCAGGCUGUGGGUGUUUUCCCUUGUGAGUUGA